AUGGCGAGCUCAUUAAAUGGGGAGCAAUUAAGUGCAACUACUAAAAUUGCGGAAAGUGGGAAUAUUGGGGAGAGUGUGCAAAUUGCGGAAAACAUGGUUUAUAAGAAGGAAAGGAAAUGCUGCAUUUGCAUGGUGAGCGAUUUUUUCUACCCAAAUUUAGGCGGAAUAGAAACACACAUCUUUGAACUGUCUAAACAGUUAAUAAAGAAAGGAUUCAAAGUAAUCGUAGUUACCCACUGCUACAACAAUAGACAUGGGGUACGAUGGAUGGGAAAUGGCAUAAAGGUUUACUACUUACCCUUUGAAACUUGUAUGGAUGUAGUAACUUUCCCCAAUAUUGUUGGAACCCUCCCCUUGUGUAGAAAUAUUUUGUAUAGAGAAAAAGUCGACAUAGUCCAUGGCCACCAGGCGACAUCAACCCUAGCGCACCAGUUUAUCUUGCACGCAAAAUCUCUUGGCAUAAAAACGGUAUACACAGACCACUCACUAUACAGUUUUUCUGACAAGGGAUGUAUUCAUGUGAACAAACUCCUGAAGUAUUGCAUAAAUGAUGUUGAUCAUUCGAUAUGUGUAUCUCACACGAAUAGGGAGAAUUUAGUUCUACGAACGGAGAUAAAUCCAUACAAAACUUCUGUAAUAGGAAAUGCGCUGGAUACAACAAAAUUUAUUCCUUGCAUAAACAGGCGUCCUAAAUUUCCAAGAAUAAACAUAAUAGUUAUUAGCAGAUUGACAUAUAGAAAAGGAAUCGAUUUAAUUGUCAAACUUAUUCCAUUAGUAUGUCAAAAAUAUCCUUUUAUAAAAUUUAUAAUUGGUGGUGAUGGUCCCAAGAGAAUUCUUCUUGAAGAAAUGAGGGAAAAAUAUCAUUUGCAUAAUUCAGUUAUAUUAUUGGGAAAGGUUAAACAAGAAAAUGUAAAAAAUAUUUUGCAAACAGGACAUAUAUUCUUAAAUGCUUCUUUAACUGAAGCCUUUUGUAUAGCCAUCAUUGAGGCAGCCAGCUGUGGACUUCUUGUCAUAUCUACUGAUGUUGGAGGAAUUUCAGAAGUUUUACCACAUGAUAUGAUGAUUUUAUCCAAACCAAAUCAUAAUGACCUCUGUUUAGCAGUUGAUAAUGCUUUGGAAAGGAUAAAGAAUAUAGAUACGGAGUCCUUUCACGAACGGCUAACCAAAAUGUACUCAUGGGAAAAAGUAGCUGAUAAGACAGUGAAAGUAUACAUGGAAGUUCUAUCCUACGCAACCCCAAAUAUUUUGUGUAGGAUAAGGAAGAUUUAUGACAUAAACACAGUUUUUAGCAAGGUUUACAUUUUCAUAAUAAUGUUGAGCUAUAUAUACUGUCGAUUCCUGGAAUGGCUUCAUCCUAGAGAGGACAUAGAAGAAGCAAUCAGCUUUCCUCACUUUAUCGAAGAUGCUUAA